GAGCUCCGCCUGGGAAAAAUCGUUCUGUACGGUCAUCCAACUCGGAAUUUCAGGUCGGAAACUCAGGCAUACUGAAUAUCACGGAAGUCAUGAUUUGACCUCGUUUAAAAUCGAGUUCCUAGUUGUCAUGAAAGCACCAACACCCUUUGCCUGCUGAAAUCUAGUACCUACUAGCACUAGAACGCUGAAGCACUGGCAUUGUUUGUCCCACUCCGCUCGUCGUAGCUUAAUACUCUGUCGCUCAUUUUGCUCCACGUAGACUGCACAUGCGCACUACACUGGUCACCUGCAAGAAGAGACGAGUGACCAGGAAUAAUACUAAAUACAGGAAUUACUUUACAAUAAAAUACAUUUCGCUUGGAAGUAACAACUUCUGGAUGAAAAGAUGUUCAAGAAACUAAAGCAGCAAAAGAUAAAUGAGGAGCAAUUGCCGCAACGGAAUGCGCAGUCACCGCAACAGGCCCAGAUGGGCCCUGGAGAGAGACGUAGCAGCCACACACACCCCUCCCUGCACCAAGAUACCUCAGCCUCACCUAGUGAUAGAGAGGUGCUGGCCGGGAUGAUAGCCGAACCUGCUUUUCUCUCUGAGUAUACUAUCUUUGCUCUGGACCAAUCAAAGCCACCCCCCAAAGCACCUCAGGCUCAGGUUGCUCAGGUAGCCAGUGCGAGUGGCAGGAGAAGUGCCACAGGAUCACCUAGAGGAAGCAUCAAUGGAGAUGGGAGGGCUUCUCCUCAGGCAAGUUACCUCAUUCUCCUAACACCUUUCUCUGGCUUUUCUGUUUCCAUUUAAAUGUGGUUAUUGAUGUGUUCUGAAGAGGUCUUAAAGCAACUAAGAAUACAAGUUAAGAGAUGCUAUGCCAGUUAGGCCUAAUCAGCUGCAGAGGAAGAUGCAUUCUGAUAAAUGUGCCAUUUGGAUAGAGUCUAGGCCUAACAAAAGGAGUGGUUUAGUUGAUUAUCUUUAACCCAUGCAUGUGGAAACACGCAUUCAUAUCCCACAUGUCUCUAGCUAUCUAUGUACAUUCCCAUGUGUUUCAGUUCAAUAUAGUUGACUGCCAUCUGGAAAUGAAUAACUUAAAGUAAUACACUCUCCUGU